AUGGAACGUAGUGUUAAAUCUCACCUCGAUCUGCUGCGACCGGAUGUAGCGACAAGGGUGCAUUUGGCUGUACCGCCACCGAAAUGAUGGUGGGGAUCAUUUCGGUGGCGGUACAUUGGCUCAGUCUAGACAAAAGAAACAACGUGAUCAGCAUAGCCGAAAGCGCGAAGUGAAGCUUGGUGAUGCCGUGAGUGUCAGAAACUACUCCCGGGGGUCGAAGUGGGUCCCUGGAACUGGCGCGAGUUGA